GUGCUGUGUAGAAAUAUUUUGAGGAAAGUCACAAGACAAACGUUACCUCCGUUCCACUGGCUGGGUGGGCAUCGAUGUCCUUGUCCAAAGCGAUGCUCUGCACUGCAGUGCUACUUCUCCUCCACUGUGUGGCGCUCUCCACCUCCUCCUCCUCAGUCUCUACCUGCCCUCUGGCCUGUCUGUGUGAGAGGGGUCCCCACAUAAACUGCUCCUCUCUCGGCCUGCGAGAAGUGCCUCUGCGUAUCCCAGCGACUGUCACGGCCCUCAACCUAUCUCACAAUGCCUUGGGCUCUCUGCCGCCUCUGUGGCCUGGCCCUGGAGGUCUGGGGGGGCUGCGCUACCUGUGGCUGGGCCAUAACAACAUGGAAUCGCUGUCACUGUGUGUGAGGAGAGUUAAAGUGGGGCUGAAGGCCUCCUCCGGAGAGGGGUGUGUGUCCUGGGCCCCUGCGUUAGAGCGGCUUUUUGCUGACGGGAACCAAAUGAACCAGGUCCCUAAGGGACUAGGGGGAAGCAGCCACCUGCGAGUGCUUCACCUGUCACAUAACAAGAUCUCUGCGCUCAGCCCCUCGGACCUCCAAGGCUGUGGACACCUGAGGGAGCUUCACCUGCAGGGCAACCUCAUCAGAACGAUCCACCCCCUGGCCUUCAAAGACUUGCAGGAGCUUCAGGUUCUUGAUCUGCGUUUCAACCUACUCACCACCAUACCAUCACCAGUGUACCUAUCUCUGCUGAACCUGAGAACCCAGGUGGAUCUGAGUAGCAACAGGUGGAGGUGUGACUGUAACCUGCGAGGCAUGCGGAACAGGAUGAUGCAAAUGGACCUGGACCUGACCUCUCAGUCGUGGAGUCUGGUUUGCUCAUCACCACUACACCAUGCUGGGAAACAGCUUAUACAUCUGAUGGAACAGGACCUUACCUGCCCAGCUCUUGGAUAUGGCCAUGUUGACCACUUCGAUGAGGUCGCAGAAGAGGGUACCCAAGUCCUGCUUCCCUGUGGCACCAAAGAUCAGGAUUGUUCUCAAGCCCUUUGGUGGACUCCUCAGGGACAAGCCACUGGAAACCAACAUGGUCUGCCGAUCGCUGAUAUCUCAGAGACAGAUGCCGGGCUUUAUGUGUGUGUCUCUGGACAACAAGAGGAGCAUGUGUCUGUUUUUGAUCUCCACGUUCUUCAAGAGGCAGCAGGGACUAGACUAAGGCGAGCAGCCCAACACACCGACUCAUUUUCUGAAGAAGAGAGUAAGAGGACCCAGGUGAAAGCAGCUGGAAAGACAUUGGGAGAGUUCAACCUGGCUGUCUGCCUAUCCGUUUUCAUCACCUUCAUCUUAGCCUUUAUUCUUGGUGUUCUCCUCAGGCCAUGCCUAGACACACUGUGGAGGAAGAUUCGCUCUAAAAAAAGCCCUUCCAUCCCGUCGGAUGCUCACAGUGAUGUCUCCGCCCAAUAUCCAGCUAUUUAUGAUAACGAGGGGUUUGCUACGGCUGAAGAUCCAGAUGAGGUCCGUGUGGGUCAGAGAGUCACCUUCUCAGAGGUCACAGAACCAAUCUAUGACACAGCUGCUAAUAAUGACGAUACUGAGUCGAUACGAUCAUCUGAAAGCAGUGUUGAAAAUGAAAACCUGUAUCAAAAUGAUGGCCCAAACUCUGUGAUGGUGGAGAACCUUGAAACGCAUCAACAGAGCAGCAGGGACGCCCAAGAGCCUUUAGAUUCAGUGCAAACUGAGAAACAAGGAAGUGGAACCUCAGAGAAAAACAAAGUCAUGGAGUUUGAGCCUAUUCCUGAUCCACAGGAUGCUAAUAGCAUAUCAUCAGCGUCCUCUUUUGCAGGUCAGGAUCAGGAGACACCCGAUAAUAUCUAUGAAAAUGUAUCACUCGCUACACGAAAGACCGAGGGAGGUGAGCCUCAGGUAGAUAGAACUCUUGAACAGACCAUAAACCAACAAAGCAGCUUAAGUCGAGGAGUGAAACCCGUGGCUUUUCCUGUAUUCACUCCUGAGCCGUUUACAGAAUGGGCCCCCCAGCUAAUGGAAAAGAGCAAAGACCAAACGAAUCCCUUGGAUCCUGAGCUAUGGAAUGACAGUGGGGAGAGUUUUUCAUUCACUGAUGGAUCUGAAAGAUCAAGCAUGCGAAACAAAUCAAACAGCCUACCAGUGACCCCAACAGUUGGGGUGCCACCACCUGCAGACAGGAACAGUGAUGUAGCUACACCACUGCCAAUACCACUUGGGGUGCAAGCUGAUGAAGAUGAGGUGCCUGACGAUAUGCGAUAUGAUGAGAUGUCAAGGCCCAGUAGCUCCACUGACAGUGUAGACAGUAUGGAAGACCCAACAGAAUAUACUGUGAACCCAGAGGAAGAGGAAGAAGAGACUGCAGACACCACUCUCACAAGAAAUAUGAUUCCCUUACAGUCGGAUGUAACAGUUGCCUCCUCAAAGCAAGAUGACUUCUUAGGCAACCGUUCUAGAAUAGACACCAUCAUAUUAGAACCGGAGGACAUUCAGUUUGCCAUCAUUCAUGACGGUUCAGACCACGGACCGUUUGACGAGGGUCCAGUUUUCUCAGACGGAGAUUAUGUAAGUGAAAUAAGGCCAGCAGUCCCCCAGCUACCAACUUAUCCAGCACGACCUGAUACGUUUUCUAGCAGUGAAGAUGAAGAGGAACCAAAGAAAUACAACGUUCAUCCCGCCUACAGGAGGAGGCCAGUCCUCCACUCGGCCAACAGUGAGUCAUACUCUGAAAGGGCAAGUGAUGAUGAGGAAGAGCCGAUGAAGUAUCAGCCUCGGACUAACACAUCAAAGGGGGUGUCAGUGCCCCAGAUAGAGAGCAGACCGAUUACAAUAAAUACAUCAUCUCCCAAUGCCACCAGCGAUUGGCCAAUCAAACGCCCAGACAGAGUCCUCAACAUAAACUUUGACAAUUCUGCCACCAACACAGAUGACUUUGACACAACUAACAGUUUGUUUGGGCCUCCUGGUCACCCACCACCCCCUUCACCGAUAGAGGGAAUGAUGGAGGGAGUUUCCCUGGACCAAAUACCGCUGCCUAAAAGAGCUCUCGUCUUUGGGGUGAAAGACAGUGUGGACCACAAGCAAGUGCCAGAGACAGCUAAGAGGCAGUCUAGUUUGAGUUCCAAAUCUGGAGCAGUAGUUAUGCCAGAUCUUACUGGUUCUUGGCCUCCUGGUCACCCACCACCCCCUACACCAUUCCAGAUAGCGGGAAUGACGGUGGGAGUUUCCCUGGACCAAAUACCGCUGCCUAAAAGAGCUCUCGUCUUUGGGGUGAAGCACAGUGUGGACCACAAGCAAGUGCCAGAGACAGCUAAGAGGCAGUCUAGUUUGAGUUCCAAAUCUGGAGCCGUAGUUAUGCCAGAUCUUACUGGUUCUUGGGUGUCCAGUCAAUCUAGACCAAGUGUCCCAUCCCAGAACUCUGAAAGCUCGGAGGAAGAUUACAAUUCUGCCACCAUCACAGAUGACUUUGACACAACUAACAUUACUGGCAAAAAGAGCAGCUUGUCUUGGUCUCCUGGUCACCCACCACCCCCUUCACAGAUAGAGGGAAUGACGGAGGGCGUUUCCUUGGACCAAAUACCGCUGCCUAAAAGAGCUCUCGUCUUUGGGGUGAAAGACAGUGUGGACCACAAGCAAGUGCCAGAGACAGCUAAGAGGCAGUCUAGUUGGAGUUCCAAAUCUGGAGCAGUAGUUAUGCCAGAUCUUACUGGUUCUUGGGUGUCCAGUCAAUCUAGACCAAGUGUCCCAUCCCAGAACUCUGAAAGCUCGGAGGAAAAUUACAAUUCUGCCACCCUCACAGAUGGCUUUGACACAACUAACAGUACUGGCAAACGGAGCAUCUUGUUUAGCCCCCCUGGUCACCCACCACCCCCUACACCAUUCCAGAUAGAGGGAAUGACGGUGGGAGUUUCCCGGGACCAAAUACCGCUGCCUAAAAGAGCUCUCGUCUUUGGGGUGAAGCACAGUGUGGACCACAAGCAAGUGCCAGAGACAGCUAAGAGGCAGUCUAGUUUGAGUUCCAAAUCUGGAGCCGUAGUUAUGCCAGAUCUUACUGGUUCUUGGGUGUCCAGUCAAUCUAGACCAAGUGUCCCAUCCCAGAACUCUGAAAGCUCGGAGGAAGAUUACAAUUCUGCCACCAUCACAGAUGACUUUGACACAACUAACAUUACUGGCAAAAAGAGCAGCUUGUCUUGGUCUCCUGGUCACCCACCACCCCCUUCACAGAUAGAGGGAAUGACGGAGGGCGUUUCCUUGGACCAAAUACCGCUGCCUAAAAGAGCUCUCGUCUUUGGGGUGAAAGACAGUGUGGACCACAAACAGAGAUACCAGCCACCUCUGACCAGUCAAACGGAUGCCUCAGGGAAGCUUAAUUCCAGGCUUGAUGAGACAACAUCAGAAGGGCAACGCAAUCAGGACUGGAAUACAUACGGGCUCAAUGCACCGAGAAGAGCCAUGGAUGGGUUCACUGCCUCUUCCCAGACAUCUGCCACCUCUACAGGCCUGGACGCAGGAAGUCGAACAUCCCUCUCUGGCUAUGGAGGGGCAAUCCCCUACCACUCGGGUCACACCUUCCGUAGUGUUUCCACAGGAAGUGCUGUCUCAACGAGCACUACUCUCAGGUCCUCUGACACGAGAGAUGGAAAUCAACUUCCCAUUAUACAGAGGCCCAAGCGUGUCCUUCAGUUUGGGAUAAAGAAAGAUGAGGGUGAUGUGUAA